AUGCCUCCAAAAGACAAACCCUCACCUGAGUUCACCGGGUCAGAUGAAAUCACCGGCCAGAGUGCUCUCCCAAUUUCGCGAAUAAAAAAGAUUAUCCAACUGGACGAGGAUAUUGCACAAUGUUCCAGUAACGCCACAUUUGUUAUUGCAAUGGCUACAGAAAUGUUUAUCCAGUAUCUCACUGAACAAGGCCAAAACGUUGUCAAAUCAGAACGAAAACCGCGCAAAACCAUCCAAUACAAAGAUCUAGCUACGGCAGUAUCACGAAUUGAUAACCUAGAGUUCCUCGCCGAUGUCAUCCCGAAGACGACCACAUAUAAGCAAUUCAAAGAGAAGAGGGCGAAGGAGGCUACGAAGGAAGCCGAGUAUGAGAAGGGACAACGCACAAUAAACGGAGCCUUACCCACUGCGCCCAAUGCCAAUGGUGAGACAGAGGAUCAGGAACAUCAACAAGUCGUGGAGGAAAAGCCCUCAAAGAGUCCUCGACAUCCCGUAGUCAUGCAUGCGUCGGGGGCCGUCAGCACGCUGGUAGUCGAUCGAACUGUUGAUGCACAAACCGAGAGUCAGGACCGGGAUAUAGAAAUGGUUGACGGAUGA